GGUCUCGUGGCACUACGAACGUAUGUGGCCCGCCAAAUGAGCACCCUGUUUCUCCGGGAAAAAGUAACCGCCCUCGUUGGUAGCUUCCGACUCACUCACCGCAGCUGCAAGCUGUCAAAAUGCUCUCUCGCGCUCUCUAUGCCAUUUGGAUCUUCCUGUAUGUAUCAGUCUACUUGAGGAUAGUUCGCUAUUACCGCCCGACGCCAAAGGUCCGGUCGUAGCGACCAUCCGCUGCCAUUUGGCUUUGAGCCUGGCCAUCCCUAUACUGGGAUAGACUAGCAUAGACUGUAGGCGCUUGGGUCUGGAAUGGCCAACACCACUACAGACCCGCGCGGGGAUGAUACCCCUGCCGAGAGCGGGCAGGACGCAGGGACCAUCCUGAAGCGCCAGGAACCGACACUCUUCUCCAAGAUCUCGCUCGCGGGCUACAUCUACGGCCUCAAGGGCGUGCUUGCGUCCUUCCACUGGCUGCGUGAGUGGAAGGAAUACCUCUCCCCACCGGAGGCACGUCCGGACAUUCUCAAGACGUACGAAUGCCGGCCAACACUUCCCGUUCGCAUCUUCUUCCCCUCUUCGUACGACCAAACCUCGCCCGCGACCCUUCCCACCCUCUUCACCAUCCACGGCGGCGGCUUCUGCAUCGGCUCGAGCCGCGAGGACGACGAGUGGAACCGCGCGUUUGCCGACACACACGAUGUGCUCGUCGUAAGCCUGAACUACUCGAAAGCACCUGUCUACCCCUUCCCGACGGCGCCGCACGACGUCGAGGCGCUGCUGCUGGCCGCGCUGGCCGACGACUCGUUGCCGACCGACCGCGCCCGGACCGCUCUGCUGGGGUUCUCGGCGGGCGGCAACCUCGCACUGUCCGUCAGCCAGCGGCCCGGAGUUCGGCCUCUCCUCCGCGCCGCCGUGAGCGUCUAUGGCUGCCUGGACCUGAGCGUUCCCCCCGAGGAGAAACCCCGCAACCGGCCCUGGAAACCGUCCCUCCCGCCCCCGCGCAGCGACGGAACUGACCCCCUGAUCGGCCUCGCGCCUGCGUUUGAUUGGGGUUACAUCCCCUACGGCCAGGACCUGCGUGAUCCGCUGCUCAGUCCCGCGCAUUUUCGCGCGCGGGAGGAUUUACCGCCCUAUGUGGCGCUCGUCGCGGCCGAGCUGGACAUGCUUGCGCACGAGAGUUGGCGGGUCGCAUGUCGGUUGUCUAGGAGCAGUAAAAGGGUGGUGCCGGGUCGGGAGAGCGAGGAUGUGCGAUGGCGGGUGUGCGGGAGGGAGGAGGUUGCAGCGGAGAAGCUGUUGGAGUUGCAAGACGAGAGGUUCGCUUUUGAGGAGACGUGGGACGGCGGUGGAGUCAAGUGGCUGCUUGUGCCGGACGUGCUGCACGGGUUUGAUAACCCGCACAUCAGACGGGUUGUGGGUGGGAAGGACGCUACUGAGGAUGCCGUGCGCAAAACGGAGGCGUAUACGGCGGAGCUGGCGAGGUGGUUGAAGGACGUGGUCUGGCGGGUCUGAGGCCGUCCCUGAGCUAACGUAUCUCGGGGAGUGCGGAGAGGUCCGUCUCGAUCAGGUAUUGUACCCCAUUCUGGUAGAUGCAUUCUUGCUGUCUCCUUGGGAUUCUCGAAGUUUGGCAGUUCUAGGCAUUCUCAUCGUCCAUGGCGUAGUUAAGUUACCAUGGUCAGAGCAUAGAGGCGGGUUACGGCGACAAGGAAGGGGUAGCUCAUAGGACCAGUUCUUUUACUUCAGAGCAACAAUUUAAGCCCCUUGUGGUGUAGUUGGCUAUCACGUUCGGCUG